AGCUCUUGACCUCAUGAUUCACCUGCCUUGGCUUCCCAAAGUGCUGGGAUUACAGGCAUGAGCCACUGCACCCGUCCAAUCUCUCUUUCAGGGAUAGAUGCUCACUCUGUCUUGCAGCUCUGCCUGCCAGCCUAAGCCUGAAAAUACCUCUGCGUCUGGCAUUCCUAUGCCACCUAUGUGGGGCACUGUCUUGACUCAGAACAAAGUCCCUCCAAGUGUACCCUACUCUCUUUCCAUGACCGUUUCUCUGGUCUGAGAUAGAUGUUUAUGACCUGCCAAUAAAUGCAGUGAUUCAAAGUCCAGGGCCCACACUCCUCAUUCAUACAGCCAUGUUUAGGGAGGUUCCAGGAGAAAAGCACAGCUUGACAUCAGUUCAUGAAGAGCCUCUCCAUGGCUCCUGCAUCUGAGACAGCUGGCCUGCCCUCCAAAUCAUCCAUCCACCCCUGCCGUCAUCUGUUUUCACGGCGUGAGAUCAACCCACAGGAAUAUCCAUGGCUUUCGUGCUCAUUUUGGUUCUCAGUUUCUACAAGCUGGUGUCAGCAGGGCAUCCUGGAAAUGACCUUGGAGGAAGUAAGACUAUUUUUAAAACUUUCCUUUUCUCUGCCUAUGAGCUUGUGGCUAAUAACUUCUAUUAGUGUCAGUUUUUGUUUGUGAUGACAUAGAGGUAAUAAUAUCACAUCCGUGACAUCCUGUGGCUGAAGGGCUACUGUGUGGACUGCAUGGACUUCUGCAUGUAGAGCAUGCAGCACAGAGCUCCACUGGUGCACAGUGUGUUGCAACCACAGACAGUGUUAUUCCUUGCUUCUCCCCAGGGGAAGGAGUAAAGGGAGAUGCUGUCAGCAAGAAAAAUGACAGCAGCAAGGCCGGCCGGAGAAACAGACAUGUACUAAAAACUGUUUGCCCAGCUUGAGAGUCUCACGCAGCCUUCAGGGCAGCACUCACAGCAGCCCAGCUGACAGGACAGUGGCAAGUGACUGGACCGGGCAAGUUUGUCCAGGCCUCGGUGGGGGAGGACGCAGUGUUCUCCUGCUCCCUCUUUCCUGAGACCAGUGCAGAGGCCAUGGAAGUGCGUUUCUUCAGGAAUCAGCUCCAUGCUGUGGUCCACCUCUACAGAGAUGGGGAAGACUGGGAAUUUAUGCAGAUGCCACAGUAUCAAGGGAGAACUGAGCUUCUGAAGGUCUCCAUUGCAAGGGGGCAUGUCUCUCUAAGACUAAAAAACAUCACUCCCUUGGACAUGGGCCUGUAUGGGUGCUGGUUCAGUUCCCAGAUUUACGACAAGGAGGCCACCUGGGAGCUGCAGGUGUCAGCACUGGGCUCACUUCCUCUUAUUUCCAUCGUGGGAUAUGUUGACGGAGGUAUCCAGUUACUCUGCCUGUCCUCAGGCUGGUUCCCACAGCCCACAGUCAAGUGGAAAGGUCCACAAGGACAGCAUUUGUCUUCAGACUCCAGAGCAAAUGCAGAUGGGCACAACAUGUAUGAUGUGGAGACCUCCAUUAUAGUCCAGGAAAAUGCUGGGAGCAUAUCGUGUUCCAUCCACCUUGCUGAGCAGAGUCAUGAGGUGGAAUCCAAGGUAUUGAUAGGAGAGACGUUUUUCCAGCCCUCACCUUGGCGCCUGGCCUCUAUUUUACUCGGAUUACUCUGUGGUGGCCUAUGUGUUGUUGUCAUGGGGAUGACAGUUGUUUUCUUCAAAUCCAAAGGGAAAAUCCAGGCAGAAUUGGACUGGAGAAGAAAGCACAGACAGGCAGAAUUGAGAGAUGCCCGGAAACACGCAGUGGAGGUGACUCUGGACCCGGAGACGGCUCACCCACAGCUCUGCGUUUCUGAUCUGAAAACUGUAACCCAUAGAAAAGCUCCCCAGAAGCUGCCUAACUCUACGAAGAGAUUCACAACGCAGAGCGUGGUGGCUUCUCAGGGUUUCCAGGCAGGGAAACAUUACUGGGAGGUGGACGUGGGACAACAUGUAGGGUGGUGUGUGGGAGUGUGCCAGGAUGACACAGACAGGAGGAAGGACGCUGUGACUUUUUCUCCCAACGAUGGGUACUGGGUCUUCGGACUGACGACAGAAUAUUUGUAUUUCACAUUCAAUCCCCAUUUCAUCAAACUCUCCCCUGAGAUCCCUCCUACACGAGUAGGGGUCUUCCUGGACUAUGAGGGUGGGAACAUCUCCUUCUUCAACACAAAUGACCAGUCCAGAAUUUGUAUCCUGACAUGUCAGUUUCAAGGCCUCUUGAGACCCUAUAUCCGGCAUGUGAUCUAUGAAGAGAAAAAUAGGACUCCCAUAUUCAUAUGUCCAGUGUCCUGGGAUCAGAGAGAGAAGACCCUGCUUAAAGGGCCCCACACCGCAGACCCAGACACAGCCAAGGGAGAGUGCUCCCCACAGGCGGCCCCAGCUUCCUCUCUGAAGCCUGAGCACAGGAAGUGACGCCUCCCACUCUCCUUUAGGGUGCUGAGGUUCUUCUCUCCUAAGCCCGGUAGCAGCAGCAGCUUCCAGAUGAGGGAGGAUUGGCCUGUCCCUGUGGGAGUCAGAAGCCAUGGCUGCCCUGAAGUGGGGAUGGAAUAGACUCACAUAAGAUUUACUUUGUGAAAACUCCAUCCAGCUAAGUGAUCUUGAACAAGUCACAACCUCCCAGGCUCCUCACUUGUUAGUCAGGAAUAGUGAUUCCCACCUCGCAGGUAAAGAUUAAAGAGAUGAUGAAUGUGAAUCCUGCUUGCAGGUUUGAUGGCACAGUGUUUUCUAAUGAUGUGUUUUUAUAUUAUACAUUUUCCCACCAUAAACUCUGUUUGCUUAUUCCACA